AUGGAGAAAAGAGAAAAAAGAAAAUCAGGGGUAACGUGGAAUGUGGCAGGUUUAAAGAAAAAAGAAAGGGACUUUUGGGAGUACAUAGGAGGUUUUGAUAUAAUUGGAUUGACGGAAACUUGGGUAGAGGAGAAUGAGUGGGAGAAUUUAAAAGAAAGGAUGCCAGAAGGAUGGAGGUGGAGACAACAGUCGGCAAGUAGGGACUGCAAGAAGGGGAGAGCAAAAGGGGGGAUUAUAACGGGAGUGAGAACGGAGUUAGAAGAGAAAGAAAAUGUAUGCAAAGAGGAGCAGGGGAUGCAAGAAAGGGUGGUAAGUUUGGAUGGAGAGACAUGGAGAAUGGUCACAGUAUACAAUAGAGAAGGAAAAAAGGAAUUGUUAGAGAAGAUAAAGGAAGAAAUAAAAGAGGAGGAAGAAGAAAGGUUAAUGAUAGUAGGAGAUUUCAAUGCUAGAAUAGGAAGAAAAGGAGGAUGGGAGGAAGGGGAAGAAGAUGGAAACGAGAGAAGGGAAGAGAGAUAUUCAAAGGAUGAGGUGGUAAAUAGUCAAGGAAAAGAGCUUAUUGAAGUGAUAGAGGAGAGAGGGUGGAUAGUGCUAAAUGGGACAAAGGAGGGAGAUGAAGAGGGAGAGUGGACUUAUGAAAAGGCAAGUGGGAGGUCAGUUAUCGACUACGGGAUAGUUAAUUGGGAGGCAUGGCAAAGAGUAAAGAGAUUUGAAGUGGGAUGUAGGGUGGAAUCGGAUCACCAGCCGAUAAUUUUUGAGUUAGAAAAUUAUGUUGAGAGGCGAGAGGAGAAUAAAAAAGAAGAGGGGACAGUGCAAGACUGGUCAGAAGAGGGAAUAAAGGAAUUUAAGAAGAGAAUAGAGGGAGCAGUAUGGAAAGAAGAAAGGGUUAUAAAAGAAUGGGAAGAGUUGGAAGGAGAAUUGAACAAGGCAGUCAAAGUGAGGAGAAAAGGAAAAAGGAGAGAAAUAGGGUGGUGCCCGUGGUGGGAUAAAGAGUGCAGGGAAAAAAAGAUAGAGACAAAUAGGGCGAGGAGAAGGUAUAGAAGAAAAAGAGAGCAAGGAGAUGAAGAAUUUAUAAGAUGUAGAAAGGAGUAUAGAGACUUGUGUAAGAAAAAAGAGGAAGUAUAUAGAAAAAAGGAAAAGAGAGAGGUAGAAAAUAUAAAAACGGAAGCGGAAGCAUGGAAGUUCAUAAAUAAAGGAAGAAAGAAAAGAGAGGGGAUAUGUAAAGAAAUAGAAAUAGGAAAAUGGGAGAAGCAUUUUAGAGAGAUUUUUGGAGGAGUAGAGGAGAAGAGGCAACUUUGGCAGAGAAAUAAAGAGGUGCAUAGGGAGAAAGGAGAGGGGAUAGGACAAGAAGAGGUAAAUAGGGAAAUAGGGCGAUCAAAAAAGGGGAAGGCGGCAGGAUUGGAUGGUAUUAGAAAUGAGGCCUGGAUAGAAGGGGGGGAAAAGGUUAGAAAGAAGCUGUGGGAAGUAAUAAAAAGAGUGUGGGAUGGAGAAGGAUUUCCUAUAAAGUGGAGAGUGGGAGUGGUAGUACCGAUCUGGAAAAGAGGGGAUAAGAAAGAAACGGGGAACUAUAGAGGAGUUACUUUAACAAGCACAGGUUAUAAAGUAUAUGCAAAUAUUUUGAAUAAAAGAUUGGUUAAGGAAUUAGAGGAAAAAGGAGGAUUGGUGUAG